AUGGCCCACGACGGCUCGAACGGCUCGUCCAUGUCGGAGCGAAUCACGCAGGCCGGAUACGUCUGGAGCGCCGUGGCUGAGAACGUGGCUGCCGGUCAGGUGGAUGUGGACGCCGUGAUGGUGGCGUGGAUCAACUCACCGGAGCACCUGGAGAACAUCAUGGGCGAGUACACGAUGUUCGCCCCCGGGUAUGCGUUCAACAAGGAAGGCACAUACCAGCACUACUGGACGCAGGACUUCGGUACGGGUGAAACAGAGCAGUGCGACGGCGUCACCACGAGCGGCUCAACAACGCUGCAGGACGCUACUCAGGACGUGGACAUGGUUCAGGGUGAGGCCGAGACAGAGGCCCCGACACCUGCACCAACGUCUGUGACGGUCACGGAUGUUCCUGCGACGGAGGCUCCGGUGGCGGACACUCCGGUCACGGAUGCUCCUGCUACGGAGGCCCCGGUGACACCCGCCCCGACGACCUCGACGCUAGAGACUCCAGCCCAGGCUGACUGCCAGUCGAACUUCUAA